CAAAGCUGCGAGAGAGGUGGCAGUUUGUGCAUCCUGCGAGCUGAAACAGAAGAAACUUUGUGUUAACUCACACGGUAUCAGCAGGAAAGGCGCUGAGAGGAGAAACACGGAUUACAGUCUGCCAUCUGAAGCCGUGCGUAAAAACAAAUCAUUACUGGACUAUGAGCGAACUUUCGGAACCAUCUCGUUUUAUAAGAAGUUUUUUUUUUGAAUGUCACAUUUAGACUUACAGAACCGGAAGUUUUGAUGACACUUUUCAUGCGUUUUUUUGCGGGCUGCACGCUGAAAAUACGCAUCAAUCUGUCUGCUAGAAGUCGAUGAGGAUUUUGGAGACUGCAGACAUGAGACCGUUUGUCAUCUGCGCGCUUCUGCUGUUAAAAGUUACUCUUGGGGAUGCCUGUGCCAGCAGCCAGUUCACUGAAUCGGGGCAGUGUUGCAGUUUGUGUCCCGCUGGCUUUGGAGUGGAGGUAGAGUGCGGGAAAGAGGAUACCAAGUGCACACCAUGCCCACAGGGAACGUUUUCGUCAUUUGAAAGCCUCGGCCCCUGCCGUCCCUGUGGCAGGUGCCCACGUAGCGUUCCUACGGUGGCCUCUUGCUCUGCCACUCAAGACACACAAUGUGAGUGUGACAAUGGCUUCUUCUUUUUGAGCAGUCAUAACCUCUGUGCGCCUUGCUCCAAAUGCACUCGUGGCGAGGGUGUUACACGGGAGUGUGGCCCACAGGGAGACACGCAGUGCCAGGUCUGUGGCCCGGGAACAUUUUCUGAGGAGCAUCCUAGCACCAAACCCUGCCAGACCUGCACCCAGUGUUCUGACAGCGAGGUGGAGAUCCGGCACUGCAUGCCCAACUCUGACACACUCUGCAUGGAUAAGAAGCUGCACAUCCUGUCUCGUCCUGCUCAGGGUGGGUCUGAUGCUCCCCGCUGGCCAGUUGUUGAUGAGGGGAUAGAGGAAGGGCAGACCAGUCCUGCUCCUGGAACAAACAAGUUUACCCCGCAGGACGAGGGAGGCAGCAACAAUAUUCUGGCUUAUGUGUCUGUUUUGGCUGCCGUGGUGCUGGGUUUGCUUCUUUAUGUGGCUUAUAAAUGCUGGAGAUCAUGUAAACAGAAGAAGGCUCUUUCUAAGGCCCGAGCAGCUGAGUUGGGAGCAUCUCCAGAGGGAGAGAAGCUUCAGAGCGACAGCGGUGUUUUUCUGGACUCUCACAGCCUACAAGACAACCAGCCAAGCAAAGGCACAAAGAGGGACAGCAAGUUGGACAACCGUCUGUACGUCAACCUGCCCCCCCACAGGCAGGAGGAGGUGGAGCGCCUCCUGCAGGAGGGAGGGGGCCGGGGGUGGAGGCAGCUGGGCGCAGCACUGGGUUAUGAGCCUGAACAGCUGGACCUGUUUGGGCGUGGCGAGGCCCCCGCUCACACGCUCCUCUCUAACUGGGCCCAGAAAGAAGGCUCCAGUCUGGGAGUGCUGUGUUCUGCACUGGCCCGCAUUGAGAGGCCAGACGUGGUGGCGGCUCUUAACUCCCCCACGCAGGGUGUUUCUUUGGUCUGAUGUCUCCUCGUUGGACACUAACAGACUCGAGUGAAGAACUUAAAUUGAAAUGACAAGGAAGGCACUCUGAUAUCAACACCUGUCACUGUUGGAGGUGGUCACUGAUGAUCCUGAUUGCUUUGUUGGACACUUAAAAUUCAGUUUUUAUGAAGAGAACCAAAAUUAUUCUUGUAUCACUUUCCUGAGGGAACAACAUUUUCAGUUCUGGUUAAACCCCAAUGCUUUGCUCAAUGGACACACAUUGGAUUACAACUACUGUGUCCGCCACAUACACAACAAUAAGUACAUUUACAAUGUUGUUUACAUGCUCACAAACCCUGGUUACUGUGGGUGUUUGGUUAGUGGCAGG